GCAAGCCGAACGCUCUGGCUCUCGCGGCGCUGCAAAACAAGCAAGCCGCCGGGCUGCCGAUACAACUGUCGCACCAUGGAGAUGAGGCCCCGCAAUGAUGAUGCCGCGGCGGUGCAGCCAGGUGCCAAGGUUGUGCGCAUUGGUCACCCGAACGAGCAACUAUGGGUGGUGCAGCAGCUGCACGAGAGCAUUGGGCAAGCCUUCAUCAAAAACGAGCGCGGCGGCACCUUUACGACGCACAUCGAUUUGCUGAAGGUCAUGGAAGUGGCGCCCCCCAACUUUAAGCCGCGCGGCGACGGCCUCGGCGGCGGCCGCAGCGAUGGCCGCGAGGGUGCCCCGGCGCCGCGGCGCCCAGCGACCGCACGCGCGGCGCCCGCGCGCCCGCGGAAGACGAACGCCGAAGUGGCGCGCGUGCUGGCAGCGCCAACUCCCUAUUUGGUCCUGGGCGUGCGGCCCCACAUCGAACUACGAAGAAGUAAGGAAAAAGAGCUGAAAGAGGCGCGCAACGAGCUCCUGUUGUCCGUACAUCGGGACAAGGGCGGCACUGACGAGGCUACACGAAAAGUGAACGAGGCCUACGAGGACCUCAUGAAGCCUAUUUGUGAGCGGGAGGUAUCCGUUCCUUAUGUGAUCUCGCACAAGGGCCGUAUUUCAAUGUCUAGGGAACUGGCGGAUGGCGAUGUCGUUUUCUGGAAAACCAGAGACGGGGAGUACCCCAAAGCGGUUGUGUGCCAGGGCGAGAUAUCCAACAUUUUUGAUAUUAUUAUCGACGAGGGCGAUGGGGCCGCACUGCGUGAAAAGUGCAAAGUCAAAGGUGGGGACCUCACUCCGGUGCAGCUGCAGCCGACGGUCUCGCCGUCGCCAUCUCCGUCGCGCGACGACGGCGACGAUGACGCCUUCACACCACCGCCCGACACGUCGGACGACGAGGCCGCGCCAACAUCGCCGGAGCGGCAGCUAGCGAAGCGCCCCGCGGAAGACAGCCUAGUGACGCUGCCGAAGCGGUCGAAGCAGAGACGCUCGCUCCGGGACCAGUGGGACGACAAUAGCCGCCAGAGCCUGCUUUGUCCCGAUUUGCACAAUCGGUUCGAGGGGAUUGUCGCAGCCGCGAGCGAUGCCUCGCGCGACGAUUUGAAGGACGAGAAGAGGCUUCUGAGUGUGGCGCACGCGGCGUGUCCAAAACGGUGGACCUCCGAGCGCCUCAAGAUUAUUGACGAGCGGUUGGAAAGGAUCCAUUCUGAUCGCGGCAUCGACGUCCUGCUGCUCUGUGGGGGCAUGGGCGCGUGCGUGGUGGCCAUUUACAAUGUCGGCAUUAAAAUUAACUCCGUUACGAACUGGGAGAUUGACCCGGAGGCUCGCAUGGUGUUAGAAAACUUCUGCAAGAAGCAGGGUAUCGCCAUCGAGACGGGACAACCGAUCAGCGCGCCGCCCGCCGUCGAGCGCCCGCCGUCGAGGAACCUGGCAGUCGCUGGCAACGUCGACUUUGCGAUAGCGGAGGACCUGGCCGGUAAAAAGUAUGACGUGGCCUCGGCGACGUGCUCCUGCGUUCAUUUCUCCCUGGUCAACGCCAACCGCGGGGGCUUUAAUGCCAAGGGGGCGAAGCAGUACUUUUCCGCCGCGGCGAUGCUGUCUUAUGCCGAGAAGGAAAACGAGGACUUGAAUUACUUGGUGGAGAACGUGAUCAUGGACGAAGACGAUACCGAAAAAUACAACAAGCUGUUCCGCGUGCCGCACGUCCGAACCACGGACGGUACGGGCCCGAACAGCCGCCCGCGCUCCAUCCGAUCGACGAUGCGGCCCGUCCAGGAGAAGCCGCGAUGCUUUGAUACGUUCCAGGAGUUGCUCGACAAAUUGUACGGCGAGGGAAAGUACUUCGCGCUCGUAUCGAAGAUCGACUGCCUCAAGGCGUCCGCGCGGCCGCCGGGCGCGGUCAAGCGGUGCCGCGCCACGGGCGAUGAGGAAGAGCUCGCGAUCGAAGAGGCUUUGCUGUUGAUGGGCUUCCCGGUCGACUGGUUCGAGGGCUGCGACCUUGAGGAGGACGCGAUGUGGCGCCUCGUCGGCAACUCGUGCAACGUCGGAGACCUCGAGCAGUUCUACAAGUCCCUGCUCCGCGUCCACAAGGCGCGCCACGGCCGCGACGUCGCCGCCGAACGCGAGGAGGCCAUCCAAGCUUUCCGCGCGAAACGCGGCUUCUAGGGGUCUAUGUAACUCGCACUUACUCAA